CUCGGUCUCGCCAUAUCGGGAACACGAUCGCGGCUGGGAAUCGCUUAUCAGGGUAGCAGUAACUGUCCAUUCGGCGACGCUAGAAUACCAAUCGAUUGGCCUUUUAAGGCCUUACAGGAUGUUUCUUCUUGUUUAUUAAUCGGGUCACUCGGUUACCCACGCGCGAUCAAUGUUUCCACAAAUGCGUUCUGCCUGUGUACGCAGAUACAUGCCAUUUGGUUCCUCUUGUUUUCAUGUUCCGAUAGAGAUUCGCAUUUCCAGAUUGUCACGAUAAUAGCGCUCUUCGUCGUUGCGACCUUUGCCAAAGAUGAGUCCUCGAAAAGCCGCGAUAAGAGGCAACAGGUUGCAUUCUAUCCGAGAAGAGGAGCCAGACCGCCACCCUAUGCCGUCCAAAUGGAACCAAUCGUUCAAUAUUCUCAGAGAGAUCCGCUCUACAAUCCUUUGGCAAGCUCCAAGAGCGACGAUCUUUACGAAGAGGGUCCGUUGAAUUAUUAUCCAACGGAACCGGAGCCUAUCAUCGAAAUUAUCAUCAAGGAAUCCAACGAAACGUUGCCGACACCGGUACCCCCACCACCUCCUCCACCACCAAGACCUACGAAAGAGCCUAUACAAGUGUUUUAUGUGAAAUACGAGAAAAAGAAAGGUUACGGGGAUAAGUCUCGAGUCGUCUACGAUCCACCCGUGCCUGCGCUAACACCUGUCGAGGAACACGAGGAGAUCAAGCCAGAUAACCCAGCGCCUUACCCGGAAGAACCUGUUCACACGGCGACACCGGCACCGUCAGAACCUUCUACGACUUUGAGAGCUAUCAUUCGACCCGACAGUGAAGUGUACCAUUCUGGUUCUAGCGGUAUUCGCGUCACCUUCGGCACCGACCAAGUACCUCCGAACAAUCAUCAUAAGCGUAGCGAUUUGGAAGCGCCGCCGACCCAACAACAGGCCAAGCCGACUUCUACCCCUCCAGGAUCACCUAAACGACAACAUGGUCCGUAUCAACCGAUACAACCGGUCCAUCAAAGAGUUCCACCACCAUUUCCACAGCAGAGAAUCGCCAACUCUUUUCCACAACAGCAGGCACUCCAUCAACCUCUCCAACAGCAACCGCCUCCUAAUUUCUUGCAGCAACAGCCGUCCUUCUCGUCUCCGCCGCAAGCGAGGAGUCCGUUGCAAAGACCUCAACGAUUGCCUAUAACGAUUCAAGGUCUACCAGAUGUACAACAAAGAGCGCCGUUCAAUACUUUCGGUACGUCUCAUCGCGUCAACAUUAACCACCCACAACAACCAGGGUUCCCACCUACGUUGUCGGUUUCCCAUCAAAACGUGCAGGUACAAAAUCAACCUUUACCACCGAAUCAGGGCAGUCCUUUCAACGUGGAACAACAGCCGCAGCAGCCACCUUUGUCCUCGUAUAAACAACAAGAAUUAGAAAAACAAAGGUAUCACGAGCAACGUCGUCAACAGGAAUUGCUAAAGCAUCGCGAACAUCAGAGGCAACACGAGCAACAAAGACUUCAGGAGCAUCAACGAUUCUUGGAACAACAGAGGAUACUGGAUCAGCAGAGACAGCACGAACAACAGAGACAACAGGAUCAUCAAAGAUUGCAGGAACAACAGAGAAUACAGGAGCAGCAGAGGAUACAGGAACAACAGAGGAUACAGGAACAGCAGAGGAUACAGGAACAACAGAGAUUACAAGACCAACAGAGAUUGCAGGAACAGCAAAGAUUACAGGAGCAACAAAGGCUGCAGGAACAACGCAGAAGGAAACAAGAACAAGAACAGAAAUUGUUACAGGAGCAACAGUAUCGUUCGCAAUUGAAAUAUAAUCAAGCGCAACCGGUGCACAAUAUACCGCAAGUACCAAUCUUGCCUCAAAUUCAAAAACCAGGAGGUGAAAUUUUCAAAGCUGUUCCGAAGCUCGAGCAACACUAUGCGAUUCGAGAAAAUCCACUUCAUCCUGGCCCUUUCCCACCUAAUCCUGUAAUCCAGCCAACUGGAUUCCCGGACACGCCACAGAAUCAAUACGUUUCCGCUCAACCGCCGAGUUCGUCGCCAGACAUCUUAAGAAAUCCACCGAGCGAAUUUAUAAGCGAUCAACAGCAGCAUCUGAAUACGAAACAGCAAAUUAUUCAAAGUCAACAACAAGGAUUUUUCUCUCAAAAUCUUCAACAAGCGCAACAGCAGCAAAGAUUCCCAGCGUCUCCACAACGAUCUUCGAUCUGGGGACGUCCAUCGUUUGCCGGAAACAGCGCGAGUCCUUCGCAAAAGAUUUACGCGACUCCAGUCAGUCCCUCUGAAGAAUUUAAUUCGAUCUCAACCAUCAGACCGUUCGUUCCAAGUACAACUACUACUACCACGACGACGACAACGACGACUACCACCGAAGCUCCAACGACGACAACAACUUUCUCUCCAAAGAAAGAGGCUAAAAUUAGGGAAAAUAUCGCGAAUCUUCCGGACGAGGUACCGGAUGAUAUCAGGGAACAGCUGCUGAGUUCCGGUAUUUUGGGUAAUGCCGACAUACAAAUACUGGAUUACGACAAGGUCGGCGACAUACCGAUAGAGAAACUACCGCCGGAGGCUCUGGCGAAUUUCUACGGUGCCGGAGGCGGUUCCGCGGUAGCUGCCAGCGAACCGGUCCCGUCGAUCGUCAAGAAACCCCAAACGGCAGAGAGCGCUUCCUCCUCGACCUCCUCUUCUUCCUCCACUUCCUCGCCAGUUUCGGCGAAGAAGGCGGCUACCGAUAGCUCGACUAAGUUCGAGCAGGCUACCUUGCGGCCAGGUGGAGUGGAGAUGAAAGUAGUACGCUUCGAUCCAAAUACGGAGCAAGGCCAGGCGCUAGCGGAUCAACACAUACGCGAUGAUGCUACCAGGUUGAAUCCCGUAACCGUAGGAGAGAAAGACGAGUCCCAAUAUAAUCGUUAUCUACCGCUCAAAGUGAGUGGUGCUUCCUUCCCUAUUCCGGACGUGCCGCAACUUAAUGGUCGGAAGAUCUCUAGCGUAGUUGUAUUGGCACCCGUCGACUAUAACUUUCAUGAGGAAAAAGAGAUUGAAUCGAGGCAAGGCAGAAGGGUCAGCGAUGUGCAAGCGGUCAAGUUUCUCGCCGGCGAUACUCUGAAACAACUGGUGAAAAAACCAACGGCGGACAACUACAAGAAGUGGUUGGAGCAGGAAAGCCGAACGGAGCCGCAGAAACAGUCGGUGGUUCUAUUGGUAACCAUGCCAGAGGGCGCGGAUCAAGGCGAGAAGGAAAUCUUUAUGUAUGAUGUGACCUCGCAAACUGUGAGCAAACUGGCCGGAGAUCUAUCUACAGCGUUUGUAGAUGCUGCUGAAAGUAACUCCGACAAUACCGACUCUUUCACCGAUUCAACUCUUUCAUCGUUUUAAGUACUCCACGAGAAUGAAUACUAUGGCACACCAUAGUAGAAAUUUAAGCAAUAAAUGGGAAAAGAAAGAAGGUUUAGCGUGCCAAGUCCGAAAAUAACACACAAACCCUUCUCUGUCAUCUCACGUAUUUUAAAAUUACAAUGAAACCGGAACAAGGUUUAAAAAAGGUAAAGGACAUAAAAAUACAAGUAUCCUUGUAGAUAUUUUAAUUAUGUACUAUUAUGUAUAUACUGAUUUUAUACUUUUUUUAUACAAAAUAAACGCAAUAUUUUUUUUA